GGUUCAACAGCGUGCUCCACACAUGGACAGAAUAAAAUUCAAAAUCAAUGGCCAAGAGUACUCAGUGGGUAACGAAGUCAGUUCUGACAUGAUGCUGCUGGACUACAUCAGAAAUGUACUAGAGCUGCGAGGAACGAAAUAUAUGUGUCGGCAGGCUGGCUGCGGUGCGUGUAUUAUCUCUGCUAAGCGCCCUGGCACCGGCAUUUAUUCUGUUAACUCGUGUAUGGUCCAUAUCACUUCAUGCCAGGAUUGGGAUAUAACGACUAUCGAAGAUUUGGGGAACAGAAAGAAGGGAUACCAUGUUCUUCAACAAACUCUGGCUAAAUACAAUGGCACCCAAUGCGGAUACUGUUCUCCUGGAUGGGUGAUGUCGAUGUAUAGUCAUCUACAAAGUAAAAAGGAACUUACUAUGAUGGAAAUAGAACAGUCUUUAGGUAGCAAUAUUUGUAGAUGUACUGGCUACCGGCCUAUAUUGGAAGCCUUUAAAACGUUUGCCAAAGACGCUCCUAGAGAACGACAAAUUUUGGAUAUUGAAGACUUAAGUAUCUGUGAUAAGACAGGAAAGGUUUGUGAUAAGGUCUGUGAUGAAGAUGACUGGUGUAUGGUCUCUAAAGAUGAUGUAGAAAUUCAAGAAGUUAUUGCUAUCACACUUUUGGAUGGGAGAAGGUGGUUCAGAGUAAACCAGGUGAAUAAUAUUAUAGAACUGUUCCGGAAAGAAGGUACUGACUCGUACCAGCUCGUUGCCGGGAAUACCGCUAAAGGGGUUUAUGUCACGAACGAAGCUCCCAAACUUCUAAUAGACAUAAGUGGGGUCCAAGAACUAAAGGGUUGGACCCUAGACCAAAAUUUGGUAAUUGGUGCCGGCGCAACACUCAGUGAAUUGUUGGAGAUAUACAAAAGUUUAUCUGAUAGCGAAAACUUCAGUUACUUCAAAGCGUUUUACGAGCAUAUGAAAAUGGUAGCGCAUGUUGCUGUGAGAAAUAUUGGAACUAUAGCGGGAAAUUUGAUGAUCAAACACCAACACAAAGAAUUUCCAUCGGAUUUAUACCUCAUGUUCGAAACUGUUGGGGCUCAGAUGACUGUCUUAAACUAUAGAAGCAAAGUGGUUGUAACUAUGCAAGAAUUCCUGAAUUUAGAUAUGAAGGGAGCAGUCAUUAUAAACAUUAUGCUACCGCCAUUAAACAGUGACUACAAAGUGACUACGUUUAAGGUCAUGCCAAAGUCACAAAACGCUGUCGCCAUUGUAAACGCUGGAUUUCUUUACAAAUGUAAAGAGAACAUUGUAGAAUCGGCAAGGAUAGUCUUCGGUGGCUUAUCAAUGAGCAUUACCAGAGGCAGUUCAACAGAACGGUUUCUUCAAAGGAAAUCUCUGUUUACCAACCAGACCUUACGAGCGGCUAUUAAAAUGCUGGACAAAGAGUUGGUGGUGACUGAGAUGCCUCCAGCACCUUCGGCUGUUUAUAGAAAGAAACUAGCCAUCGGAUUAUUUUACAAAGGUCUCCUAUCAUUAUGUCCUAAGACUACAGUAAGCGACCUGUAUCGCUCCGGUGCUGUGAGAUUGCGCGAAACACGUCCUGUUUCCAACGGCAAGCAGUUUUUUGACACCAAUCCCACAGAGUGGCCUCUCACCCAACCUAUGCCGAAAGUUGAAGCUUUGAUCCAGUGUGCAGAAGCACAAUAUACAGAUGAUAUUCCAAAGUUCCCCCACGAAGUAUACGGAUCCUUUGUACUAGCUACUGUAGGUAGGGGGAAUAUUGUGUCUAUCGAUCCUAAGAAGGCAUUGAGUAUACCAGGAGUUAUAGCAUUCUAUUCAGCUAAAGACAUUCCCGGUUUGAACUCAUUCACACCACGAGAUGAUCCAAAAUACCAGAUAGACGAGGAAGUAUUUUGCAGUGGCGAAGUCAGAUACUACAGCCAGCCAAUCGGUGUGAUUGUAGCUGAGACGCGACAUAUAGCUGACGUAGCAGCUAAAUUAGUUGAAGUACAAUAUGCCAAUGUUAAAAAACCUGUUAUAGACGUCAAGGAAGCUAAAAAAGUUCUAAAGAGGAAUGUUCAGAUAGGGAAAUCUGACGCAACGGAAAAAGGAGAUGAUGUUACAAAGGUGGUAAAAGGAAGUAACACGAUUUAUGCGCAGUAUCAUUUCACUCUCGAAACUUUGGUUUGUGUGACUGCUCCGAGUGAGGAGGGUUUGCAUGUGUACGCAACGGCGCAGUGGAUGGAUGGUAUGCAAGUUAUGAUAUCAAGAGCUUUGAAUAUGGACGUUAACAGAGUCGACAUCCACGUGCGCCGUCUGGGCGGUGCGUUCGGUAUCAAAAUAUCUAGAAGCAUCCAAACUGCAGUGGCUUGCAGCCUCAUUACGCUGAAGCUGAACAAGCCUUGUCGCAUAAUCCAGUCUAUGUCUACAACUGCAAAGGCGAUGGGGAAAAAGUUUCCAUGCUCCAGUGAUUUUGAGGUAGGUGUCAACAAUUCUGGUAUAAUACAGUACGUUAACUAUAAUGUUUAUGAAGAUAAUGGUUUUACAACAAACGAGAAACUGGCCGAGUUUGGAGUGGACGUGUUCAACAACUGUUAUGACAAGUCCAGGUGGAACUACAGGUGCUUUAAUACAACCACUGAUACUUCUAAAAAUACGUGGUUCCGAGCUCCUGGUACUAUGGAAACCAUCGCUAUGACAGAAUUAAUGAUAGAACAAAUUGCAUACGAACUCGCAAUAGACCCACUACAACUCAGGCUUACAAACUUAAGUUCUAAUUACUCAGAACUUAAAACAAUGGUUGAAACGUUUAAAAAAGAAGUAAAAUACAUCGAAAGAAAAGCGAAAGUGAAUAAAUACAACAUUGACAAUCGGUGGAAAAAGCAAGGCUUAAGGUUCGCGGUAAUGAGAUAUCAUCAUAUUGCCAACAGAUACUUUGACGUUAAUAUGAGUGUUUAUCAUUGGGACGGAACUGUAUCUAUAACACAUGGAGGUAUCGAAAUUGGCCAAGGAAUAAACACAAAAGCUAUGCAAAUCGCUGCCUAUAUUCUGAAAAUACCUCUAGAAAAGAUACAAGUAAAAGCUAAUAACACAAUAAUAGCUCCAAACUGCUCCGUAACUGGUGGAAGUUUGACGUCACAAAACGUAGGGAUCGGAGUAGAAAGAUGCUGUCACGAAUUACUCAAGAGGCUGGAACCUAUACGAAGUAAUAUGACAAAUCCAACAUGGGAGCAGUUGAUAAAAAAAGCUUACCAAUCGAAUGUAGAUUUGCAAACCCAUGGAUUUGUUAAUGCUGGUGAUGUGGUUGACUAUAAUGUGUAUGGAAUAGCUUUAGCUGAAGUGGAAAUAGAUGUAUUAACCGGAGAAUCAGAUGUCUUGAGAGUGGAUGUAAUGGAGGACGCCGGACAAAGUGUGAAUCCUGAUAUUGAUGUUGGGCAAGUAGAAGGUGCUACAAUUAUGGGCUUGGGUUACUGGUUGACUGAAGAACUGAUAUUCAACAAAGAUACAGGAGAACUUUUGACGGACAGUACUUGGACCUAUCACGUACCGCAGGCAAGAGAUAUUCCUCAGGACAUGACAGUGUACUUCCGAAAGAAUUCCUAUAGCGACAGGCUCAUUCUUGGAUCUAAAUGCAUCGGAGAGCCUCCAUAUUGUUUGUCAGUGGCUAUCCCCCUAGCGCUGAGGGAAGCUAUAUCACUUGCACGAGCAGAGUCUGGUAUACCAAUCACACAGUGGUUUGAAGUAGACGGGCCGUACACAGUGGAGAAAAUAUGCAUGUCGACAGCCACCAAACUCGAAGAUAUGAAAUUUCAUUAAAAAACGACACUAAUAUAAAUGUAUUAAUUAUUUUUCAUUUGCUUUGAAAGUUAGAAGCGAGAACACUCCCUUUAUUAUAAUUACGAACUCUUUUCCUUAAUAGGGUUCUAGGUUCGAAUCCCGGGUCGGGCCAAAAUAAUUGUGACCGGGUUUUUCAUCUUAAAAAUUACUCAGUCGCAGCUCGAAGUCAGGAAGUUGGCGGUGUGAUACUCCCGUGCCUCGGAGAGCACGUAAGGCCGUUCGGUCCUGCGCCUGAUUUCUCUCCAGUCAUAACGGAUCGCCAUCUCACGUGACUAUUAGAGUGAAGGAACAAAGAAUGCACCUGUGUAUUGCGGAUAUACUUGUGCACUAUAAUAUAUCCUGCGUACUUGGCUGAUCUCCGUUGAGGUUGGCUCCGAAAUUCGGCUAGAAGGGAUUCAAUUAAAAUUUUUAUGUAAUAGCUCUUUAGAUACAAUUUUGAGUCGCACGUAUACUGAGCUAGAUUUAUAUCAAAUGAAUUGAGAGCACUUCUCAUACUUCAAAUAAAAUAGGUUGCAACGAGGCACCAAUUUUCAAAUAACUUAUACUGCAAUCAGUAGUAAAUUCUGGUGCUGCAACAGACCCAAACACACAAAAAUAUAGUCGUGUAAUAGACGAUGCUAUCCCAACAACCAUCCUUCCUGUAAAAUGAAGUGCACAACCUAUGAAUAUCUUACCUACGAUGCAAAUGAACGGGGGAGAAACAUUCGUUUUGACAGAGAAAUUUAUGCUGCUUGUAAUACAUUGCUACCUAUAUUGCGCAUUUUUCAUUUUAACAACCUUUUUAGAUAUUUAUUCUAUUUUAUUAUAGCGAUUAUGGUGGUUGCAUGAUUUUAUUUGUAAAUGGGAUGUUAUUUUCAAUCGGUAACUCAGAUUUUAUGGUAUUUUUAUGUUAUGUGUAUUUUGAUUGUAAAAAUUGUUUACGAACUCUUGAUUCGUUAACUAAGAAUAAAGUAUACUCAGGGCGUAAUCAACAUUACGAUUAUUUGUAUCAAAAUCUCGUCCACAAUUUACACAUAAAAUGUCCAUAAAAUCCUCCUUCCUAGGUACUGCUUAAUAUUAUUGACCAUGGAGCAAUAUGGGUA